AUCAGGAGUUGUGUAACAAGUCAACGAUCCACCAGUCUGCCUAGCAUGAUCAUGAUGUGGUAUACAUGUCAGCAAAAUCCUUGGAGAGCACUUCAAGUUUCCUUGCAUCAAUCGAACAAUGAGCUGUGUGGUCGCUGGCAAUGCUAUAUAGGCUUCUCUGCGAUUCAACUUCACAGCUUCUCUUCAAUCCGAAACGUCUUCUGAGCUCCACAACCCUCAUGGAGAAGAAGUCUGAAUCAAACCAGAUGCUGCUCGAGAACGUAUGGGCCAGCUUCAUCAAUGGCAGUCACCGACCAGCCAUUGGAUCCGCGACCUGGGAAGAUCUACCCAACCUGGAGAGCAGGAACGAGAACCUGGCGCUCAUCCAAAGACUUCCAAGCCUUGGGAGAUGGAUCUCCAUGGGGGCUGAGACGUGGGAGGAGCUGCUUGAUGGAACUUGCAGCGUCUCAAACUGCAGCCCAACUCCUGCUACCGAAUCAGCCCGCAGUACGAGGCCGACAGCUGCCGGAGCGGAAAGGGAGACGACCAGGCAUUAUAGGGGCGUGAGGAGGCGGCCAUGGGGGAAGUUUGCAGCAGAAAUCAGGGACAUAUCCAGGAAAGGAGCUCGGGUUUGGCUGGGGACGUUCAACACUGCAGAGGAAGCCGCCAUAGCGUAUGACAGAGCUGCGUUGAGGAUGAGAGGGCCCCGAGCUCACCUGAACUUUCCACUGGAGACGGCCAUCAGGAGCUCCAAAAGCACUCGCUAUGAGCAGCCGUCAACCUGCGCGCUGUGCGACGAGGCAUGCUCUGUUUACGGCUGCACCGCAGCAAUUCAUGAGCGAGCGGAUUUGGACGAGGAGCGACCGGCAUGUAGAAGAGAAAGGAGCAUCGAGGGGAUGAUCAACAACCGAAGAGAUGUGGUGGAGUUGCAAGACCUUGGCACUGACUACUUGGAAAGCUUGUUGUCUCAAGAGUAAUGGGGACAGUGAAAAUUUGGAGAAAUCAAUGCUAAAUGUUUCUUUGUUUUCCAUGUAUGUAUGUCUAUGAACAGCUUGAAUUGAGCCCAAAGAGAGCACAGCAAACACAAAAGCUUUUCUCAGUCCAUCGGUUUCAUCCAUCUCUUUUGCUUUGUCCAGAUUGCAUAUGUAUUACAAUAUCAGAUAUUGAGCGUAGUCUUUAAUAAAAAGGGAAACAGAGUAAAUGAAUUGA